CUUGUCCUAAACAAAUGUCCCGUCAUUCACCGCGGUCAUAGUUUUUACCAACACUCAUUAUACACAAACAUUAACACAUCAUCGAAGUGCGAGAUCUGACGGGAGAGCAGCUAAGAUGGCUCCACGUAUGGAUGAUGUCAUGCAACUAUGCUGUGACCUGUCUGCAAAUCAGCAGAUAAAAGCAGCAGUGAAGAAUUCUGGGAAAGGAUCAGCAGUGGCAGGAGGGACUGCAUUUUUAGGGGGUCUUCUAGGUGGUCCCCUAGGGAUUGCUGUUGGUGGUGCAGUAGGUGGCCUGUUGGGAUGGUGGAUGACCAGUGGACAGUUCAGACCUCUCCCUCAGAUCAUCAUGGAGCUGCCUCCCCACCAGCAGCAGAGGCUCUAUGCUGAUAUCAUGGGCGUUUUGGGCUCACUGGACUGGACAGACCUGGCCCAGCUGACCGCCCUGGUCAUGGGGAAUGCUACUCUCCAGCAGCAGGUCACUGCUACUCUACUUCGUUAUAUCACAAAGGAACUGAGAGCAGAGGUGAGAUACGGGGACUGAUCUACACAGGCUGAAUAUCCGGAGGAACUCCUUAGAACACACAUUUGUACUCAAAUUCAACUCGAGCUUAUUUCCUGAGACUGAAAUAAGCUUUUAUACUGUGGGUUCACUGAAAGAGGCCUUAUGAGAGUUACAUUGAGACUCAUGUCAGACAUGUCAUGUUACCUAAUAUCUGAUCAUGUCCAUUUAAUAUCCUUUGAUAAAGCACUUUUUUUUUUUACGUCAUUUUCAUUAUCUCCAGCACAACACCAGUGUCUACAUAUGUGAAAACGGCACAUUUUUAAGUUUUGUAGAAACAAAUAUAAAGUUAAAAGUUCUCCCCAAUGACAUCAUCAAAAGUAAAACAUAUUUAAAAACAGUGAUUUUUCUGGCGCUAGGAGAUUCACAGUGAUGUGAGAAGCAAGAAAAUACCCUCCCUCUGGCUAGAAACUUGUUGAAAACCACUGUUUUGAAAAUCACUGUUUUGUUACUUUUAAUGCUGCCAUGUGAUGUUACAGAGAAGCAUUUGUUUAGCACCUUACCUUUUUAACCACAGAUCAUAGAAACGCGCUGUUUUCACGUACUGUAUGUAGACACUGUUAUGGUUUUGGAGAUAAUGAAUAUGAGGUGGAAAAGUGGCGGAAUUGCACUUUAAUGUACACUUGUUUUGUUUUAGAUGAGAAAUUGUUAUCUCUGAAUGUAGUGGUAUGAUUGAAACUUAUCUGAUAAGAACAGUCCAGCAAUUAACCAGAAAGGCGUACUUUAUUUAUAUUGUAGUGCAUAAUUUGUUGACGAUAUUUUGCACUGAAUUGUACACAUUGAAUAUUGUUGGUCAUUUAUAAUUUACAUUAUUUGCAACAAAUGCAAGACUAGACUCCUCUUGUAAGUGUGCCUAGGAUCUCAAGUGAUUCAUGCAAUGUGAAUAUUGUAAGAGAUGAGUACUUCUGAGAAACUGGUCUUGGUACUUCUGGCACAUAAUGGUGAUUAGUCCCACCUAGUCCUAGAAUUAACUAAUUGGGAAAAUCUUGUCGUGCUCUGUACUAAAGUGUUUAUAUGAAAAUCAUGAUAAAUGAAAUAAAGGACAAAGGUGACUUGUAUGAUCACCACAA